CGCCGAUGCGCUUCAGUCUGCUGGCCUCUGGAAUGGGCAGAUAUCACCAUCAGCCCUCAGUUUACCGUCGAUUAAUCACACGAACUCCACCAAGAGUCUGUUUUUUUGUACAUCCUCUACACGAUGAUAUGCGGAGGUAAGGUGAUGGAAGAGGCCAGCGGGAGGUUCUCAGAACUCAUUCCAGUGGUGCUAUUUCUGCGGCUGUCUGGCUUUGUCCCUUUCCCUGUUCAGUAACAACGCCCAUUACCUAUCGCCAUGAAGCCUGUCCACGAGCGCAACCAGGAGUGCCUCCCUCCCAAGAAACGGGACCUCCCAGUCAACAACAGUUCCACCACAACCACCACCAACAACAACAGCAGUAGCAUCAACAGUGGGGCGGGAGGAAGUGGCAUGGGGGGCGGUGGAGGAGAAGAGGGCCCAUCUUCACAAAGUUCUGGAGCAAGCGGAGAAGCUCAGAGCGGGGGUGGCGAGUGGAUGCGCGGUCAGCCCAGCAUGCAUUACGGAGUGGAGGGUUCUGAGGGUCUCGUGGGGCUUUCCUUGGACCAGUACAAUAUGCUUUAUAAAGUAGCCCUUCCAACCGGGACCUAUUCCCCAACCAGCUUGCACCCCGUUCUCAGCCACAUUUCUCCUGCUUACACCGUUCCUAGCGUUUCUUACCCUCCGCUUGGCUACAACCCGAUCCCUCAUUCGUCUUUGCAGUUUGUCAGUUCUCCAUACGCGGCGGCAGUCCCCUACGGGUUUGCCAUUCCACAGCCCCACUCUGUUUCCCAUCUCGUACCGUACCAGUCGGUUAUUCAGGAAGGAGUGGUCUCCUCCUCACCGCAGCAGCAGGUACCGUCUCACGCGUACACCAAACUGGCUGUAUCCGCCGGAGUUCCUCUGAUGCUCCCUUCUGAACAGGCGGCUGCGCAAACGCAGCUUGGUACUGUAGGGAUGCUGGCCGCCGAGCUCAGCCCUAGAGGAGUGAACGUAUUGUACCAUCCUGCCGUCAGGGGCCUUCAACCUCAAAGAGAUAUGCACAGCAGCCCACUGGAGCAGGAACGGGAGGUGAACGGAGGUGACCGAGAACAUCGAGAGACCCAUCAAGAUGCAGUUUAUUUUGCCAGAAAUGCACGACUGCUGCACGUAGCUCCUGCGCUUGAGUCGCAGGACAAGACCUUGAAAAGCCGCAGACAGGAGGGGAGGAUCUCACCAGGCCAGCGCAGCACACCGGACAUAGAUCUUGAGGUCCAGCAGGUGGUCGGACGACUGUCCUCUCCAUGUCACGGAACGAGUCGGAAGGAGUCAUCGCAUGUCCCCCUGAACCUGUCCCAGAGGGGUAGAGAGACUCAAAGUGAAGCGAGAACAGCAUAUGCAUCAAAUCCUGCUGAAUCCAGAGCUCAUCAGCCGCAGAUUGUUCAACAACACCACGCUGUGAUUUUGGCCAAUGGGCAGCCUGUUCUGGUGCCCCUGGACUACCAUCAAUACCAACAGCAGCAUUACCCGAGUCAAGCGAAUGACGUGGCGGCCCCCGCUGUUGUCGCUUCUCCAGCAACGUAUGCGAAAGUCGCCGAGGAAACAGCAGCGGUGACGGAGCCUUCACAGCAUCUUCCCGCCUCACCUGCCGGAACUCAUCCUCAAGCACCCGUGCUCGCGCCCAACGGGCCGUCGCACUUUAUGAAGGGCGCCAUCAUCCAGCUGGCUACGGGGGAGUUGAAACGUGUGGAAGAUCUGCAGACUCAGGACUUUGUGCGCAGUGCGGAAAUGAGCGGCGGGCUGAAGAUCGACUCGAGCAUGGUGGUGGACAUCCGCUCCAGUCAGCAGCGGCCUGGUUUAGUGGCCCUGCAAUUUAAUGUAGGGGAACAACAGAGCAAAGUGACUAUAGAUGUACCCCCUGAACAUCCUUUUUUCGUAUUCGGACAGGGCUGGUCGUCGUGUUGCCCCGAGCGGACUGCACAGCUGUACGGUCUCACCUGCCACCAUUUGCAAGUGGGCGAUGUUUGCGUGUCCGUCACGCUGCAGCAGCAAACGGUGUCGCAACAGAAACCGCAACUGCAGGCGCAGGCCAGAACUCCCACCAAAGCCAACUCCACGUCAGGGGUCCCACCUCAGCCAAUGGGUCCCCCUGCCCCCCAACACACACGGCCACAAAGCCAACUGAAGAUGGAACGCAUCCACAGGGAGAGAGACAAGGAGGAGCCCAUGCACGUCUGCGCUUCGAGACACGGCGACGUGCCGCCCAGACCUAACAGGACUUCGGCGGAGCACACUCGAAGCCAGAGCAAUUAUUAUUUGCACACUGAGGGUGGGGCCUCUUCCUUAGGGGCGUCCCAGAGGCGCUGGUCUGCCCCCGGCAUCCAAAGAUACAACAUGAAGAACGAGGAGGGGAAUCUAGCCUCAGCUGCCACCUCUGGCUCCUCCCGCCCAUCCUUUAUCUCUCAGGAGGUCAAACUGUCCAUCGAAGGGCGCUCCAACGCUGGGAAGUAGCAACAGCCAUAGCAGCAAACACGAAAGCAUGAGAUUGUGUAUGGGAGCGACGUGUCGGCGUCGGGUCUAAGGAUGCAAAAUAGGCAGCGUGGAGGAGAGAAUGUAGCCUCAGAAUGUUUGAGAUUUUGCACAUAUUGGAAUAUAUUCCCUUUGCCGCCCCCUUUUCUGUGUUUCUUUGCUUCUGGUCUUAAGCAGAGAAUGGUUGUGUGCCAGGUCAUAGUCACAGCAUCUGCAAUGAUCUGCAUGGGCAGCUUUAUCCAGUAAAUCGCGUACCAAAGCCUACGUCGUCUGCGCGUUCCUGUGGGUGAAAUAUUACGUUUGGCAGCGGUCACUAACGCCAGGCAGUUCUUCUGUAUUUUUUUAAAGAAAGGCCAGGGGAUACAGCCAUAGAAUCUUGACAAGCCUUUGCUCAGUAAUAAAUAGAUAUUUAAAACAAACGGGAACAAAUCCCAGAGGAUCUUUUUUUGGUUAAAAAUGGCAGGCUUCUUUUAACAUCGACUAUUUCCAUAGAUUCUCUGCCCGACUUUUAUUUGCUAAGACCUUAAAACGUGAACAGUUUUAUUGCAUUUUAACACGUCUCUCUCUUUCCAGAGGCGUGUUUGUCGUCACUUUCCUACACUAUCCCCCUGUCCCUGCUUUUACUCAGGGUGCUUCUGCAGAGAACUCCAUUCUAGAGUAUGAGAACAGUUAACCACCGCCGUCACAUCAAUCAAUCGAUCCAACAAUCUUAUUUUUACAAUCGGUAUCCAAAAUUUCUUCAUUUUCAGAUGAAAUCCAGCGCCCGUGUCACAAGUGCACGCUGCACAACAUCGCGCUUUUUUAUUCGUCUGUAAGGAUUUCUUUUUGCAUUCCAGCUUUAACCCGUUGGAUUGAUCAUUACCAGCCUAGAAAACAGUCUGUCGAUAUUACCUCACGGGUUGGAAGCAUCCUUCAUUCUAAUUAUUAACUUUUUAUCUCCUGCAUUUUCUGAAGAUAACAUGUGGCGCCCGCCCAAACCCCCCUGCUCGCGAAGCUAAGACCAAAUGCCGAACAGGUUGUAGCUCCUUGCGAAUGGCCUGUUCAUGUGGAAGUGGAAGCGUGCAGGUUGAAAUGAAGUCGUCCCUUUGGAAGCGGUGUAGACGCACUGCUGUUGGGUGUUGACGAACCCGGCUCAGUUACCAAACAAAGCAAUAGUUUCAGAAGACAAGGCUGGGUUUUUACACAUUUUCAUGUUUUUUUUAUAUCCUGUACAGGGUGGUUAAGUAGAGAUGUUUUUAACCUUGUCUUGCACUUCUCUUGGUUUUGUAUGACGCAGUUUUCCUUUGUGAUUCAAACAGUUACCACAGGACGCAUGUGAUGAUUUCGAAAUGACGUUAAACAUUUUUAUUUGUGACCAGUUGUGUCUUCAGAGAUAAGUAAUAUAAAAGCACACGUUUUUCUUAAAGACUCAAAGAUCGGUAGCUCAGAGUUAUGGAUCUGUUUUUAUUCUUUACAUAUGGAUUUUGGUCCCUUACAUAAAAAAGAAAUUCACACAUGGUGAAAUAUUCACAGUAGAUGAAACAUUGAAUAUGAUUGGCAGUUUUUUUUGACGCAGCGCUCUAUAUUUACUUUCAGUUUUAACAUUGAAAACUUUCACAUCACGCCUGGUUAAGAUACUGUACGUUUGUCUUAAAUGAGCUCUUCUUCAAAAGAAUUUAUUCAUUUCAAAUCUGUGCUGAAGUUUAUAAGGUCUUUUCAUUGCUUUCUGUGAUUUUGUGUAUUAUUGUACAGUAUUUCAUUAGAUCUCCUCUGCAAUAUUUCCCAUGAGUGGUUUGUUUAAACUUCUGCAGGUUUCGAAUUGCACAGAUACGUUCACCAUUCACACUGACCUGUUACCGGGAAUCGACUAUGAUGUGUUUUUAUUCUUUAAUAAUGUAAUGGUUGUGAGUUUUUGUUUGUGUAUUCUGUGGUUUUUGGCUCGAGAGAAACUGACAGGCAAGGUUCACACUGUUUACAAAUGCUGCAGUUUAAGUCUGUCGCAGUUACUGAACGUCUUCAAAUGGAUGAAAUCGCGACUUAAGUGCAAUUAGACCAAAUAUUAAAUGUUAGGAAAACCAUGUUUUAUUUCAAACAGCAUUCCAAAAGAGCCUGACAUUCCCAAUUUUUCUAUCGCAGAUCACAGGAGUUCCUUAUCUUAGUUUCUCGGUGUUUCUACUUGUCUGAUUUGACGUUUUUAUUUCCUCUUUGGGACGGAUUCUGUACACCUGCAUUUUUGUGUAUUGGCAGUUGUUUGGCAGGAUCGACUUUAAUUUUUUUUAGAGAAGGUUCUUUUGGGUAAGAGAUAAUAUCUAUUUGAAUAAAUGUAGCAUUAGUGUUCGACUAGUUGGUUUUUAAAUUUACUCCAAACUGCAUGGACCUCAAUUAUUGCAGACCUCUGACAUGAAGUUCUCUUCAGACUGAUGACAAAAUCGCAAUGCGUGUUCCAGCCAAAGCAGUAUUUGGUUUUGUCUCUUUCUUUGGUUUAAAUCCAUACGUUCUUAGCAUUUACAAAGAAUAUGAUGAACACCUGUAAUGUGGUUUUGUGAGGUAAGUCAUGGUAUUUUGUUUGGAGACAUCCCAAUCCUUCUAUAAAGAGCUCCCACUUUCAUGCUGUUUAUAGUUUGGUCUUAGAUCUAGUUCACAUUCAUUCCAUUUUCUUCCUGAACAUUUCUGUGGCACUUUGGAGCUCUUUAUAGCCUUCACGUUGGGCCAAUCCUUGUUGUUCUGUUCACCGUGGACCGUGCUGUCCACUUACGUCUUAUGUAGUAUUUUACUCACACAUAGACAGGAGAGCUGAAAUGUCAAAAUGUUAUACAAGUGAAAAGCAGUACAAAACCAUUGCCAUUCUUAAGUAAAAGUAUUCGACUUAAUAUGAGCAAUAUUUCCCCUUAAAUACCUGAAAGAUUUCAAGUGAGCUAUGCAGUAGAGACUCAGACAGACACCUAUGCGUGAUCGAUGCAAGAUGAAUUUGGUUUUUCCAUUGCUCCUUGUUCAGUUUGUCUGCGGUCUGUUCACAGAACUCAGUUUCAAGAAACUUCUAUAUCAUGAAUCAUUCUUUAUGUUCUUCAACAGGCUUGGCGACCUUUGUUAUCCGCGUAUUAUCUUGCAGCCAUGUCACAUAACUUGAAGCUUACCGUUGCUUGUUUGGUGCUGUAUGUUGUUGUCAGAAACGGUGCACUUGUUCAUUCUUUUUCAAAUGCACUGCCUUACCCAGCCGUCUUGGGUCAACCUUGAUCUUUGUGACAGAGGCAGGUUGACUUUGUCCCGUGCACUGUAUACAGAUUAGUCGACGCUACAUCUGUGCCUUCCCGACGUCUUAAAUGCACCCUGUCGGUCUUAUUUCGCUUUUUUCUUCUGGGUGAUUCGAGCAUCAGCCGCUUUGUUCAAUCUUUCACUUUGCAUCCCGUGUCAUAUCUCACAUGCUUUAUUCUGUGUUUCCUAUAGACAGUACUCUGUAUGGAUGUGAAAAUUAAUCAAAUCAUGUCCUUACCUCACUUUAUGCAUGAAUCACAGCGCCCCCUUUGGCGAAGGUGUUUUGCGUCCCAUUGAGGGUGCUUGUUUAUUUUGAAUAUUCUUCCGAAAGCACAUACGAGACACCACAUCUGUUGUCCAAAGUAAGAGCGCGUUGGAGCAUUUUUAGUUCGGAUGACAGAGCAUCACAUUCGCCAAAUCCUCUUGUUUUUCCAAUGCGGCUUGUGGCGCAACAUCAUUUUAAAUUUUUAGCAUUCUCGCUGUGUUCGUCGAAUUAACCCACACAACCUGUGUCCACUGAGUUCUUCUAUUGAGCUUCACCCAAUCACGUAUCAUAGACGUAUAUGCAACGCAACGUUCUGCACUUAUUUUCCCUCUCCUGUAGUGUUAACAGCAAACGCUCUUGUUGUCACUUAAAAAUUCGAAAUCACGUAAAACAAUCAAAACAAUUUGUAUGUUUGUACAGAUCUUUAACUUUUGUAUAGUAUUAGCUUGUCAGUAACGCCUUAAGAUGAGUAUCGUUCACAUCGAUAGAAUGAUGCUUGUGACUCCCCUUUCCUACCAACAACGUCACAAGGUUUCACCUGGAGACAAGGUCUCCUUCAGUUGUGGUUGUUUUUUGGAAGACCGCCAACUCCUCAGUAAGGGUUUUAAUGUGGGUCGGGUUGCACUGACGGAUUGUAAGAUUAUGUUUUUUUGGACUAGCUCAUAAUGUGUAUCUCAUUGGACACAAUAUAAGCUUGCUAUAAAAUCUUUAAUGUUUUAUUUAUAUUUUGCUUUGGUCAGUGAAGAGAGCCAUGACAAUAGUUGCUUUGCACUGUUGACACAUCCCUGAUUCCAAUCCAGGAAAUUUCUCCUCACUUGCAUGAUACAUGCGAUUAGAAAGAAGAUGCAUGUACUGUUUCUCUUUAGAGAAAGUGUCAGGUAUUAUAAUUGGGUAAAUCUCCAAAAUCUCUCAAGAAUCUUGUAUGGGUCAUAUUUCAUCCCAAAGUAUAUCAAUUUAUAUAAAUAAACAAAUUGUGGGGCAAAAAUUGUAAUGUUAAUUUUGAAUAUGCAUAUAUUGCAUUCAUUAUUACAUGCAGUAAUAUGAAUUUAGAGCAUCAAAUUUAUAAAACACGUGAGAAUAAAAAGAAAAAAAAUGGUAUCAGAUGGCUAAAAAUAGACAUAAAUAACGUUUGAUUUUUUUAGUUUGGAGUGAAACGUGAUCCAAACUUUCUUUGUGAGAUUCACUUACUUUUAUUUUUCUGAGCAUCACUAUUAAGGUAAUAUAGCGGAUGCUGCAUGGUCAGUAAAUUAACUGAAGCUAAAUUUUCAGUUGGUAUCACAAGAUAAUUUCCUAUUAACACAGCAUUCCAUCUCUGUAGUUAUAGUUUGGGCAGAGAGUCCUGCUGAAUCCUGGGAAUGUUUCUAGAAAGUCCAUUUAGUCUCCCUGUUCAUAGUGCACCUAAAAUGAGAAUUUCACUCUGAACAGACGUGUUUGUGAAGUGCGAGACUGGGCGAAAGUUGCAUGGGGUUAAGAUCAAUGCUCAGUUUUUGAGUGAGUUACAUAGCAUCAUUGCUUCAGAUAUAUAUAUCAUAAUUUAAAAAAGGCUUUAUACACUCAAUGAAUGGUGUAAUGAUUUCUGUAUAAGUGUAAAACCCAGACAGAACGUGUGGCAUAGCAGGCCAGAGUCAGUCGUACGGGCUGAAAUCAGGUUUUUAACGGUUUCAAUGUUUUGAUUUAUAUAGAAACGAUUAUAUACACUCGAAUUUGACAUUGUACUUCUUGGCACUAAGUGACACUGCUUUUAAUGUGAUGUGUGACCAGUUUUAAAUGAGAUGGCAUCUUUCUCAAAUGCAUAAAAGUCUGCAAAAUAUAUGCAAUGAUGUAUGUGUAAUAUUCAAUCCUCAAGUAUAAUCCAGGUUGUAUAAACUUUGUAUAGUACGUUUUAAUAUCGUAUGGCCGUACCAAUAUGUAUUAAUUCUUCUCAAAAGCCUUAGAGUUGUCUACCCAAAGUGCUCCCUUAGACUACCCUACACCUACCUGAACUUUACAAAGCAUUAAUAACUAUAUUUUGUUGCUUUUUUAUUUGUACCCAUUUUUUGAAUAAAAUAGAUUUGUACUGUAUAUUUGUACCUCUCUGUGAACUACUUAGGCCUGUUUCGUUUUUUUUCUUGUUUUAAUUCUAUGUAAGGACACAAAGAUAUUGUAUUUUUAUUGUUACAGCUAACUUCUUGGAAACAUUGCAUUUAUCAUGUUUGUUAAGUAAACACAAUAUAAUAUAUAUUAUAUCUAUAUAAUAUUAACAUGCUGGCUUGACGUUGUCUGUGUUUUUCUUAAUGCAAUUCAUUCUGUCAGUAAAAAACAUACACCAUGA